GUCUGGGUCAGGGGGCGGGACACACGAUCUUAUAGUAUACACUGUAUAUCGGACAGGUGUAUUCCAUUCUUACUCUUCGUCUCCAUCAGUUACAGUGUUCACGCAUCAUCACCAUCCUAAAUUUAAUAAAAUUAUUUUUUAACUCCUUGUAUUCCUCGAUUGUCCUUAAAAAAAUUUAAUCAAAUUUUUAAAUCCGCUUGUGACGAUUUUUUUUUUUUUAAGUGAUAAAAAUUUUUCAGUUAAAUGAUAGAAAAAUUUUUUCAAAAUUAGAAAAUUUUUUAAAAAAAUUUUAAAUUUAUCUCGAGUGAAUUUUUGUGACAGUGAUUAGAGUGGAGUGAUAAUUUGUAAAAGAUAACCAAAUUAGUGUGAAAAGUUAUCAGUAUUACGGAAUCACGGAAUGCGGUUUUAUCAUAUUAUUUUAAUAUGUCUCCUACUUGGUGGGGUGACAUCGGAAGAUGUAGAAGUAGUAGAAGCGAUUCCUGGCGAUGAUAAUCGUUCCGAGUCGUCUUUAAAUCGUCAAGAUGAUGCGAACACAGCUGAUCAACUGGCUCUGGAGUCCCUGGGUGGCGCCACUGGUUCUGGCAACAGUAACAAUCCCAACAAUCCAGGUGUUAACAACCCCGGUAAUAGUUUAUCUUCACCAAUUCGUGGGAAUGUCGGUCAAAAUCGCCACAAUGUUGCCUAUCAUGGUCCACCUCCCCCGCCCCCGCAGUCGUCCAACAAACCGGUUCAAACAGAAGCCCUUGACAAGAUUUUCACGACUGGAAAUGGCGUAAGCAAUGAUUGGCCAGCAUCCUCACCCGAUAUGCCUAAAAUAGUAUCGUUGGAUGUUAAGUGUGAGAAAAAUCUAAUGAAGAUAUUCCUCGGUUUCGACAAACCAUUUUAUGGAAUAGUCUUUAGUAAAGGGCAUUACAGUAACAUUAACUGUGUUCACUUACCCGCGGGAUUGGGCCGUACCUCGGUUAAUUUCGAAAUUGGUAUACAUGCGUGUGGUACCGCGGGUAAUACCGAAAACGGUUUGUACGGUUAUGGAGCCGAAUCCGGUUCGGGAACAUACUUUGAAAAUAUAAUCGUCGUACAGUAUGAUCCACAAGUUCAAGAAGUCUGGGAUCAAGCACGUAAAUUGCGAUGUACUUGGCACGACUUGUAUGAAAAGUCGGUAACAUUUCGUCCAUUUCCCGUUGAUAUGUUGGAUGUCGUACGUGCCGAUUUUGCUGGGGACAAUGUCGGUUGCUGGAUGCAAAUUCAAGUUGGCAAAGGACCAUGGGCUUCAGAAGUAUCGGGACUUGUUAAAAUUGGCCAGACUAUGACCAUGGUACUUGCUAUCAAAGAUGACGAAGCUAAAUUCGACAUGCUUGUGCGCAAUUGUAUGGCGCAUGAUGGAAAACGGGCGCCAAUUCAAUUAGUCGAUCAGAAGGGUUGUAUCACUCGGCCAAAAUUGAUGUCGCGGUUUACGAAAAUUAAAAAUUUUGGCGCCAGUGCUUCAGUUCUAUCUUACGCUCAUUUCCAAGCUUUUAAAUUUCCCGAUUCAAUGGAAGUACACUUUCAAUGUACGAUACAAAUUUGUCGGUACCAUUGUCCGGAUCAGUGCUCAGAAAAUGGUCCACUUGAUCCGGGACCAGGAUUACUUGAGAAUUCUCAUCCUGACGUAAGCUAUGGAUUACCGCCGCCAUUGCCAUUGGAAGCUUACCUUCAAGCUGGUGCUGGUCGUCCUCGGGAUGAAAGACGACGUAAAUCAAGAGAAAUAAACCCUCUGGCGCCCACUACAUCGUCAUUGACAACUGUUGGUGUCAAUCGUAUUAUUAGAGUCGUUUCUACCGGUGAUUUGACGUUUGCCAUCGACGAAAAGACGGAGGACAACAAUAAUGAGGACGAAACUGUAGUUUCUCCUGUCCGCGAAGCAGCACCAAAUUCUUCGACGUUGAUCUGUAUGACGACGCCUAAAUUUGCUUUUACUCUGAUUAUAUUAUUAGCUAUUCUACUAUUCUCAUGCAUACUGUCGGCGUAUUUGUGGAUUAGAUUACGACCAACCACUAAAAAGAAAUGUAUUGUAGCUGCUUAUGUUACGAAAAAACCUAAAACGUGUUUCUAUUCUUAGACGACUAGUUAAGUUUAUUGUAAGCAUUUUAUCAAAAUGGUUUUUAUACUUAUUUAUUUUAUAAUUUUGUAUAUAAAUUUAUAAAUCGGGGAUUAAUAUUUGGGGAAGAACGGGGUAAAAUGGGCUGGCAAAAAAUUUAAACAGCAGCAAUUUUGAUUACUAAUUGUCUUGAGCGAAUUAAGCGAAAUACUAUAUUUAUAUAUAUUUUUAUUAUAGAUCUCGACUUAGAUUGCCUCUAGGAUUCAAACUUUGAAAAUAUGACUGCAGAAAUUGUUUAAUUUUAUUUUUCAACGAAGAUUAUUAUUUGCACCCUUAAUGGUCAUUUUUAACUCGGAACUUCAGUAUCUAAUUUUUCAAAUUUUAAACUCCAUAUAUCUCAGUAACUAUUAUGUUUUUGAAAAAAGUAUAUGAAACCUUUUUUGCUGAAAAUUUGAAAAGCUAUCAAAAAGGUCUCUUGUAAUUUUUUGAAAAACUCAAAAUUUAAAGAAAUAUUUGCAAAAAACAUCACCAAUAAAAUUUCAGACUCGAAAUUCCUGUAUCUAAUUCUUCUAAUUUUAAACUCUAUAUAUCUCAAUAACUAUUAUGUUUUUGAUAAAAGUAUAAGAUACCUUUUUUGUAGAGAAUUUAAAGAGCUAUCAAAAAGAUUUCUUGUAAUUUUUUGAAAAACUCAAAAUUUAAAGAGAUAUUUGCAAAAAACAUCACCCACAAAAUUUCAGAAUCAAAAUUCCUGUAUCUUGUUCUCCUAAUUUUAAACUUCAUAUAUCUCAGUAACUAUCAUGUUUUUGAAAAAAGUAUAACACACCUUUUUUAUAGAAAGUUUAAAGGGCUACAAAAAAGGUAUCUUACAAUUUUUUGAAAAACUCAAUAUUUACAGAGUUAUUUUAAAAAAACCAAUUACACUUAAUGACAACUUUAAAAUCUCCAAUCGAAAAUUUUUCCCCUUUUAAAGUUUACCUCUAUUAAAUUUAUCACUUAAAUUUUCACAGCUCAAAGAUACCGUGUCCUUUAGAUCCUUUGUCCAUUGAAAUUCCCGCCAGUGUGACCGCUGAGGGUUAAAUAAUAAUAUUCUUCAUUCUAUAUAAUUUUUUAUUACACGAUACACGUAGAGACAUAAAUUUUUUUACACACCAUGGGUAAAAAAGUAAUAGCUCAACCAAUAUAUAUAUAUACAUAUAUAAAAAAUUUUAUUUUAUAAAUUUUUAUCGAGGCACUUAAUUCAAAUUAAGUUUAAUGCCUCUUCAAAAAAAAUAUAAAUAUUAAAAAAUUGUUGCAGUUUAUUUAAAUAAAAAAAAAAAUCAUUAUUUUAUUAACGUUCCCAUUUUCGGCCGGCUUCCCCUUAUUUAUAUUUAUAUAUAGUAAUAAUAUGUGUCGCUGGUAAAACGUUCGUCCUACCUCAUUCUUACACGGCUCGUUGAAUGUCGUGACGUACGUGGUGCACUCGAGGCUAUAAAAUACCUUGGUGGAGGCACGAUUUCAUAUAUAUAUGUAUACAUAUACAUAUAUAUAUAUAUAUUAAGAGUACAUGUUAUAAGCAUGUAUACAUGGAUGUAUGUUUAGUAUGGAUUGAAAUGUGUGUACAUGUGUAUAUUUAAAUCCCAUUACACAUAUGAUUGUUAAUGCUUGCACGUGACCUCAAAGAGGAUGCGCACCUGACCCUUAGGCUGAUCUUGUGAAAGGGAGACUUCCCGAUAGGGAGGUCAGUGAGCCAACUGGAUAUUUUAUAACGUCGUGCUUAACAAAUGGAUUAUUUUAAUAUGAUAUAUGGGUGCAGAUAAGCAGUAACAUGUCCACCCAUAAAAAAAUAAUUUUUUAUAUUUUUGUGCCAAAUCAUUCCUUAGUAACUUUAAAAUUUUUUUUGAAUUAUAAAAUUUAAAAAUUGUUGACGAAUAAAUUAUCUGGAUAAAAAUUUUUAGAUAAUGGGUUAAGAUGGACCACAAGUGUGAUCGCCUAAAAAAAAUAUAUAAAUAUAUAUAUAAUAUGUAUAAGUAAUAUAUUUGUAAUAUCAAACUUUUGGCAGAUUUUCGUAUAUAUUUUAUAUAUAUUUUCAUACAUGCAUUCCUUAUAUAUUAAAAGAUAUAUUAUUAAUAUAUUUAAAUUAUAUUUAAAAUAUAUACGAAAAUCGGCAAAGAGUUAACUAUUAAAAAUAUAUUUUUUUAUACAUAUUUUAUAUAUAUUUUUUUUAUAAAUUUUUUUCAUGGGGGUAUAUAGUGUAACUUAUUGUAACAUUAUAUUCUUAUUUAUCAUCGUAUAGUAUCUUAUUUUUUAAGGUUGUCAGGCGGUAAUAUAAAAAUGAUUAAAUCAAAAUUUAAUCGUUUAAAUGGGUCAAGUGCUCCGGUUUUAAUUUGAGGUCGUUCUUGCAAUAUUGUUAUUAUUUAAAAAAAAAAAAAAAAUAAAUGUGUUUUAUUUAUUAUAUAAUUACUUCGCAAAAUUUUGAGACCUAAUUUCGAGGAUCUAAAUUUCCUACUCAAAUUUUAGUAAGAAAAUUUUAAAAGAAAGUCAAAUUUUUUUUUACAAAUUUAUUUCAUUUUUUUUAAAUAUUUAUUAUAUAUACUAGGUAUUUAAAAAUUUGAAAUUAAUUGUAGAUUGUUAAGUAGGUGAACUAGGAAAUUUAAAUCCUGCAUUCGAGACUACGUAGCCGUGAUUUUGUUCAUUAUUUAAAUCGAUUUUCGAUGGAGACCAAAAUUAAUAGAAAUUAGAUUUCGUAAAUUUUCAAUUUUUUUCCUUUACCGGGAAGGGGAAGACUUCAAAAUAUUACUAAAGUUUGAGAAAAAAUUUUUAAAUGAAAAUGGCGCGUCAAAUAUUUGGAACAAAAAAUCGUAGCGAAUUUUGGAAUUUCAAAUUUGACGCAUUAAUAAUUUUAGCCUAUUAAUUAUUUCAUCCCUUCUCUCAAACUUAAUACCAAAAUUUGGUCUCAGUAAUAAAAUAUAUAACCGUUUCAAUUAAAUUAAAAUUAUAUAAAUUAUACAUAAUAGUCGCCAGUAUUUAUUUAUUGGAAAUUUAUAUAUAUAAUAUUAAAUAAACUUAUCUUGUCAAUU